AUGAGGCUCGGAGUAGGCCGUAGGGGAUGGGCGUGCGGCGCGACGGAGGACCGGCGGCGGCGUCGUGAUCCGAUGAUAGCAACAAGAGCGCGCCUUCCCCUCUCCCUGACGGCGUCGUCCACCCCGCACGGCGCGCGCACCAAGAAGAGGAGGAAGCCAUGUCCCCAAGCUGGAGGUUGUGUGUAUGGAGGCCAGGAAGAGAGUAGCAGAGUGGGGCCCUUCUCUGCCACAGCUGAACAUGGAGAAGAUACUGAUUUCCAAUUUUCCAUGGAUGUGUUAGGAGAAUACAAUGAUGUAAUGCGAUCACCAAGGUUCAAUGGCUCGGGUUCCAAGGGGUCCAGUUUCAGAAGCCCUUUGUCUAAGCUCGUCGAGAGCGUUGAUGAGGGCAGUGAUGGCCAUGAAGAUCAAAACGAGUAUGAUCGAGUCUUCUAUGCUGGAUGGAAUACACCCAACAAUCCUAGCAAACCUAUAGGUCAGAAUGGCAAUGCUUCAAAAAGUGCCAUGAACAGGAGCGCUGAUGAACAGCUUCCAUCAAGUAUGUGUUUUGUCAGGCUGUCGGAUAUGAGUGCAGAUGAGUGGGAUGUAGUCCUUGAAAAAUUCCAGGAACUGCUGAACGAGGCACUACACGAGAGCGCAAGGGCAGCAGCAGGUCAAAGGAUGAAGCAGCGCCUGGGCACUUCAUGCAAGUUUUGA